AUGCGUUUCGUUCCAGUCUUCGCGACUGCAUUGCUCGCCGCGUCUAAUAUCGUGGGAGCUUCGCCUGCAGUCGCCUCGUCAAGCGCUGCAGCUGCAGCUGCUGAUACUACUGCCCCUGCCGCUGCGGCAGACACAGCAUCCAGCGCUGCCCCUACAGCCAAUGUCAAUGCAGUCAAUCAACCUGCCGAUACUACUCAGGCUGCUGCUGCCACCACACAAGCCGCCACUACCGCAGCUGCCAACAACAAUGAGCAGACCAACAAUGCUGCUUCUGCCAACAGUGCCUCGGCGAAUACUGUUGCCGACAUUGUAAACAGCAUUGUUGGAAACUCGGCCGGUUCUUCUGCCACUGCUGCUGGCACGACCGCCUCCGCUGCAGAGACCGCCGCUUCUACUGCUUCUAGCAGCAAGUCCGGUUCUACUGCUUCUUCCUCGAGCUCGUCUUCCGAUCUCGAGACUAAGAUCAACAGUCUCCUGGGAGACUUGACCGGUAGCAGCAGCAGCUCUAGCCUCACUGGUAUCUUCGGCGAGCUCGGCGAUCUCCUCAAGGGUAUUACUGGUCUUCUCAACCCCAGCCUGCUCUCCGAGAUUGAGGAUACUUUCAAGUAUCUGUCUACUUCGCUGGCUCCUCCCGUCGACACCAACAUUCGUGUUCUUCUUUCCGACGCCAACACCCAGGCCAUUGCCAACUUGCUCACCAAUGCCAACACCCUGCUCAGCAAGAAGAACACCGAUACUCUGAGCAACAUUCUGUCCAAGGCUGACACUCUUCUGAGUGACAACAACCUGAACAACCUCCAGAAGUUGCUCAACAACAUCGACAAGGUCAAUGAUCUCGUUGUUAACGCCGAUUCGUUGCUCUCUAAGAACAACAUUGACGCCAUUGAGAACCUUGUCUCCAACGGCAACUCCUUGCUCACCAAGGACUUUGUUACUAAGACCAACGGCCUUAUCAAUGCGGCUUCUGAUCUCCUCACGACCGAGGUCACCAAGGCCCUCAAGACUCUGCUCAAUGCCGUAACGGGACUUCUCCCACAACUACAGUCCUUCCUCACUAAGGAAACCUUUGAUGCUCUCACGAAUCUCCUCACCAACGGUAACUCUCUUCUCACAAAGGACUUUGUGACCGAGACCCAAGGACUCGUAAAGGGGGCGUCCGCUCUUCUCACGACUGAGGUUACCAAUGCUCUCAAGACUCUACUCAGUGCUGUGACCGCUCUUCUUCCUGAGCUAGCAGGAUUCCUUACCAAGGACACCUUUGAUGCUCUCAAGAACCUCCUUACGAACGGCAAUGCUCUUCUCACGAAGUCCUUUAUCGAUAAGACUAACAGUUUGAUCGAUGGUGCUUCCAGCCUGUUGACUACGGAUGUGUCCAACGCUCUCAAGACUCUUCUCAACGCCAUAGUUCCACUACUCCCUGAAUUAAAGGGAUUCCUCACCAAGGAUACCUUUGACGCUCUCACGAAUCUCCUCACCAACGGUAACUCUCUUCUCACAAAGGACUUUGUGACCGAGACCCAAGGGCUCGUAAAGGGGGCGUCCGCUCUCCUCACGACUGAGGUUACCAAUGCUCUCAAGACUCUUCUCAACGCCAUAGUUCCACUACUCCCUGAACUAAAGGGAUUCCUCACCAAGGAUACCUUUGACGCUCUCACGAAUCUGCUCAGCAACGGUAACUCUCUUCUCACAAAGGACUUUGUGACCGAGACCCAAGGACUCGUAAAGGGGGCGUCCGCUCUUCUCACGACUGAGGUUACCAAUGCUCUCAAGACUCUGCUCACUGCUGUGACCGCCCUUCUUCCUGAGCUUGCAGGAUUCCUCACCAAGUCUACUUUCGAUGAGCUCUCGAACCUGUUGGCCAGCGGUAGCGAUUUGUUGACUCCAGAAUUUGCAAAUGCUACGAAGAGUUUGGUCAAUAACGCCGAUGAUCUCUUGACUCCUGACCUUGUCAGCGGCCUCAAGGGCAUUCUGAGUGAGGUAACACCGUUGUUGCCUUCUAUUAAGAGUCUCCUCACCAAAUCCACCAUCGAUGCCAUUGGUUCUCUCCUCACGAACGCCAAUGCCCUUCUCACUCCUGACAGCAUCAAGGAGAUCAACUCUCUUCUGACCAAUGCCAACGACCUGUUGACUCCUGCCUUUGUCAACAGCACCGACGAGCUUGUGACUGGUGCUCAUGAUCUGCUUUCGCCAUACGUUCUGGGCGGUCUGUCUGAAUUGCUGGAUGGCCUCAUUCCGGUUGUUCCAACUAUCAAGCGUGACUUCUUGAAUGAUACCACUCUCAACAACUUGACUUACCUCCUUGGCAACGGCACUGAGCUCCUGACGCCUAAGUUCGUCGAUGGAACUAGCACCUUGAUCAGUGACGUUGGCGAUCUGCUGACUCCUGACAUGGUCAAGUACCUGAAGGAGAUUCUGACUGAGGUGGAUCAAUCGAUGCCUGAGAUCAAAUCACUGGUCGCUCCUGACUCGAUCAAGAAGAUUUCUGGCCUGUUGACGAACGCUGAGGAUCUUUUGUCCGAAAAAUUCGUCAACCAGACUACUACACUCAUCAAUGACGUCUCGGGUCUUUUCCCGCUUCUUGAGGGCAUCCUGAACUCGCUGUAA